AUGUUAUAUUCAACCAGUCUUGGUUCUCUCUUCAGAUGGAUAGAUGUCUUAAAUGUGUCUAUGUGCAUGUGUGUUUCAGAGCUGGUGGAUCUGUGUGAUGACCACGGGGCUCUGAAGCUUCUCUUUCUGUCCCAGCAGCCUCAGGAGAGUGCCAGCCGACUACUUUCUCCCCGCUGCUCCCUCACAUUCUGCAUUGUUAAUCGUAACCCAAAGGAUGGUGCCUAUGUUUCCAUUACUCCCUUAGUGGCCAACCCAGACCCUGCACUUCUGGAGAGCCUGCAGACUCAGACUGACAGCCUGGAGAGGGCUCGUCUCAGACAGCUCCGCUCUCAGAAGGACCGCAGAGCCAAAGAGGCGCCCACUCAGACUCAACCCACACAGACCGCUAAGAGCCGUGGCCGUGCGGUACAUAUGGACGCCCCUGACGACGAACCCUCCAAUCGCCGGACUGGAGGCAGGAGGAGCAGGAACUGAGAGAACCUAUCAAUUUUACAAUCAUUUAUGUACACAUAAUGGUGGAAAUAUGAUCAAGUGGACCCUGAGUCUAUGUAAGUCUAAGCUAGCCAAUAGUCAACAAUGUUGAAUAAUACAGUCGUCGUGAACCCUUCGUGGAACUCUUGAUCAACACGACAAUCCUGGGAUUCUUGUGUUUUCACAAUCAUACCUAACCAGACCCUGUUAUACACUGGAUUGUGUAGGGUACAUUUCUGGGUUUGAUCCUCUUGGUGUACCCCCAUUCAGACCAAAGGUAAGUCCUGGGUCUGUAUUGCAUUGUGGAAGAUGCAAUGAUCAUUAUCAAUGAUUUACAGAGAACAAGGUUGUUGUACCAAAUAUGACCAGAAGGGAGAGAUAAGAUUCAACAGGUCCAGUGAAGUAUUUUUUGUUUGUUUGUUUGUUUAAGCAAGUGUUGUGAGUGCCUAUGAUGGUGCUGCUAAUGUGAAUAAAUAUUCACAUUCUUGUCUUUACAGACUUGUCUGGAUUAACAAUGUU